AUGCCUGCCUUUGAGCAAGUGGAGAGAAAGCCUGUCCCAACUUUCUUGGUUGCCAAGCACAAAACCACAAGCACUGCAACAAUAUGGGAUCUUUUUGCUCUGACUCAAAGUCCAGAUACUCAGAUCAAACUGCAGGAUGAGUUGUUACAGGUUGACACCAAUACACCCAUGAUGGAUGAAUUGAAUGCUCUAUCCUACUUGGAUUGGGAUGAUGUGAUUCCUUUAAGCUGGCUGUUCAUUGACAGGAAAGGCAAAGUCCAAGAUUGCAUCAGGUGUGUAUCAUAUUUCAUUCACAUAGACAACCACUAUCUUUCAGAAGCCCUGUGGGGUGAAGAUGCGAGAGCAUUCAAGAUUCCUGAUACAGUGAAGUCCAUACCUGGUGUAUGGGGGAACCUUUUGUCAUUCAUUGGUAGUCCUCAUUUGUGCAUUGGGUAUUGCUUCUCUCUGGUGGAGUAUGUGCUAUGUGUUUUGGUCUUUCACACUCACUUCUGA